AUGGAGGUCAUUCUUCCAGGGGUGCCCAACGGCCUAACGCCGCCCAGUCAACCUCCAUCUGUUGAUCCAGCUACCGUUGUCCAAUAUUUAACGGAGACCCUGCAGAGUACGCUCGAUGCGCUGAAAACAGAUUUGGAGAGCGCUGGAAGCUUCUUGUCCAAGGCCAAGUACCCUGAGACUAUCCAACGGUGCUCUCGUUUCGCAUCCGAAUCUCAGGUUGCGUUAUAUGUCCAGAAAGAUGCUGUUGAAACUGAACAGACAAAUGGGACGGAGGAGGGUUCCCCUUCUCCAACCAGGUAUAUCUAUACUCUUACCCUCGAGUUAUCCCUUACCCCUACAACCGUUUCAUCGAUGGCCUUUACGAGGCAACUUCAGCCUUUGGAUCCAAAUGUCCCAAUAUCCGCCCAAGUCCAUGCCACGAAUCUUCCGGGCUUCCUGUCGCCGAUGCACAUGGCUCUGAGUCAGGGCACUACUACUGUUUCUCCGCUUCAGACACUUCAUACCUUUGUUAACCAUGUUCUGGGACCAUAUUUUGAUGCCUAUACCAGUGGCCAGGAAGCAGUUAACGGUGUGAAAGGAAGGGGCGAUAGCGAUGCAAAGACGGGAGUUCCUGUGACAAAGAAGAAGAUUGCGGAGCUGAAAUCAAGCCUGCUGCAGUUACAGGAGAACAUUGAAAUUCCUGUGCUGAAUCUUCCCUUGCAUGAAGUUGUCCAGGGAGCACUGGACGAGGCUCUAGCACGAGGUAUUAAACCUUCUACUGAGCUCAUACCGGCAUCUGUGCUUGAAAAUACCAUUGUCCUUAACAGCAUUCAGAACAUUGUGAAUGGGUGGAUCAAAUCAAUCCAGACUACCACUCAAAUGUCCAGAGACGAUAUCAAGGGAUCCGCAAUCCAGGAAAUCAAUUUUUGGUUAUCAAUGGAAACGGCCCUGGAGGCGAUCGAGGACCAGCUACGAAGUGAUGGGGUGCAGCUUACCAUGGAUAUCCUGCGACAUGCAAAACGGUUUAAUGUAACACUUAGCUUUUCGGCAGAUACGGGAUUGAAGGAAACCGCUGAAACGGUUCAGAAAUACAAUCAACUCAUGCGAGAUUUCCCCCUCGAUGAACUCUUGUCAGCCACCUCCCUGCAGAAGGUGCACGAUGCAUUGAAUCUCAUUUUCUCCCAUUUGAACAAGAAACUCCGUAUUUGCCCGUAUCCUAUCAAGCGUUCUCUGUUGCUUGUGGAGGCAAUAUCGGGAGAUUUGGAUACCCAAAUCCGCACCCUGAUACACGGACGAUCUAUCAUGCACCUUGGAUUUAAGGAAUUCCGCGCUUUGAUGCGGUCAGCUCAGGUUAUCUGGCGCGCUUGGGAUGAGAAUGUGAAAGAAUUCACGAAUGUUGCUCGUGAUGCCAUAAGACGGCGGAACGAAAAAUUCAUCUCUAUCAAAGUUGAGCCAAGACACAGCGCUAUUCAAGAUCGACUGAAGUACAUCAACACCUUCCGCAACAAUCACGAACAACUGCAGCGCACUAUCGUGAACGUCCUUGGACCCAACGCCAGCAUGUCGUCAGGUGCUGAUGCCGAUGGAGCUAUGGUGGUGGAGGAAAUCGGCGAUGUCGAUGCCCUGGAUGAAGUUUCUCAAGCUUAUGCGUCCUUGAAAGAUGUCGACGUUCUCGAUGUAUCUGAAGAAGGUACUCAGAUAUGGAUCCAGGCCGAAGCCUCGUAUAAUGAACGCACUUCUAGAGUGGAAAAUUCGAUAAUUGCCCGACUUAAGGACCGCCUGGCAACUGCGAAGAAUGCCACAGAGAUGUUCCGCGUCUUUUCGAAAUUCAACGCCUUGCUCGUUCGACCCAAGAUUCGAAGCGCUAUUAGUAUACACCAAUCUGAAUUGAUCGAACUAGUUAAGAACGAUAUCGCAAGACUGCACGAGAGAUUCAAGCAGCAGUAUGGCCAUUCCCAAGCACACCCAAUGGCGCAACUGCGAGAUCUGCCCCCGGUAUCCGGUGCAAUCGUCUGGGCUCGUCAGAUUGAGCGGCAACUCGAUGGCUAUAUGAGGAAAGUCGAAGACGUUCUAGGAGAAGACUGGGACUUGCAUGCUGAAGGGCAGAAACUCCAAGCUGAAAGUAACAUGUUCCGAAAGAAGCUUGACACGCGACCUAUAUUCCAGAACUGGUUACAGGAUGUUCAACGACGAAAUAUUACGAUUUCUGGCCGGCUGUUUAAGAUCUUCCGCAAUCGUGCCACGGGAAAUACUCUUGAGCUUGACGUUAAUUUCGACCCGCAGAUUAUUGUGCUUUUUAAGGAAGUUAGAAACCUUGUCUGGCUCAAUUACCAAGUUCCUCAUGCUAUCAACACGAUCUCCAAAGAAGCGAAACGAGUGUACCCAUAUGCCAUUAGCUUAAUUGAAAGUGUUCGAACCGUCUUACAAACAAUGCGUUCGAUCUCGUCUAUGGCAGAGGUCUCCAUUCUUUUGAGCGGUUACAAAAAUGAUGUCCAGGCUUUAAUUAUGAAGGGCCUUCCGUUGCGCUGGGAGUCAUUUAUUCAUUCUUAUGAGCUCCACAUCAAGCAAGUGAUGGCUAAUGGGGCAGUUGAUCCCUCACUGGCCCAGGGUCGAAGUGAAAGCAAACAUGUCCAAUUUGUUCGCGAAUUCGCUGCCUCUGCCUUUGUCCUUCAGUCGAAAACGUCAACACUGUUUGUAAUUAACGAGAGCAUUCAGAAGGCCAUUGCCGACCUUAAGACUUGCCCUUAUGAUGCGUCCAUCUUCCGCCAGCGACUGGAUGAAAUCCAGAAUUCUGUCGAUAAGCUGAAUCUGGAGAACUAUGUGAAUCUCGGCUAUUGGGUUUCGAAUAUGAACAAGACAAUCGAACUCAUUCUACAAGAACGCUUACAUCGGGCGAUAAGAGAGUGGAUUAUAGCCUUCCAAGAAAUCAAAUAUGACGAGAACGGUGUCCAACGGAGGCCGUAUGCUCCAAUCUCGAAGACAGCAAAUGAUGCCGAAACGCAAACAUACACGAUUGAGUUCCCCAAGCUUUUCCACGAGAUUUCCAUGAGAAAUCAAGUACUUCGCCUGGAUCCUCCUCUCGAAUACGCAAGAGCUAGCUGGUUUGCACACUUCGACCAGUGGGUUGGCGUUCUUUGCAACCUGGAAAAAAUUAAGUCGGCGCGAUACAAGAUGUCAAUUGAGACUGAGAAGGCUCGACUAUCCGAAACCCACUUCACAAAUCUCCCUCAAUACUGCACUAGUGAAUUAGUCGAAGUGUAUACUGUAAUUGGGGCCAGGCUAGACGACAUCUCGGACUACGUGGACAAAUGGCUUCAGUUCCAAUCCUUGUGGGAUCUUCAGGCAUCCCAGGUGUAUGACGUGCUGGGUGACGACUUGUCCCAAUGGCUGCAACUUCUACAGGAAAUCCGUAAAAGUCGCGCGACAUUCGAUACCUCUGAAGUUGGCAAAUCCUUCGGCAAUGUUAGAAUCGAUUACGAGCAAGUGCAGACAAGGGUCAACGCGAGAUAUGACCAAUGGCAACAUGAAAUCUUGCACAAAUUUGGUGGGAAAUUUGCUACUCGAAUGCGCGAAGUCCAUGAUGAAAUUGUCACUGCCAAGAGAGACCUGGAAAGCCAGACACUGGAAGCGUCGUCAACUGCACACGCCGUGUCGUUCAUCACAAGCGUUCAACAGUGCAAGCGAAAGGCGCGAGUAUGGGGUCCGGAAGUCGAACUCUUCCUCCAGGGUCAGGCAACCUUGGCUCGACAACGUUACCACUUCCCCAGCGACUGGUUACAUGUUGAACAAGUUCGGGAUGACUGGAACGCGCUCAGCGAGCUUCUUGAACGAAAGAGCAAGAUCGUGCAAGACCAGACUGAUGCUCUCCAGGCGAAGAUCAUUGCAGAGGACCGUGUGAUUAGUAACAAGAUCGCCGAAAUAAUCAACCAGUGGAAUGAGGAGAAGCCAGUAUCCGGCUCUAUCCCGCCGGAGGAGGCUUCAAGAACACUAAGCUCCUUCCAAUCCCGAUUGGAAAACCUCCGCUCUGAAUCAGAAAUGGUCACGAAGGCGAAGGAGGCCCUUGACUUGCCCGGGAGCCCGGAAACGGCUCUUGUGGCUGUUCUUGAAGAAGUGCAGGACUUUAUGUCAGUCUGGGCAGCAUUGUCGACGAUCUGGAAAAGCUUGAACGAACUUAGGGACGUGCUUUGGAACAGUGUCCAACCGAGAAAACUUCGCCAAUCGCUUGAUGGACUUAUCAAAAUGACAAAGGAAAUGCCCAGUCGGAUGCGGCAAUAUGCUGCCUUUGAGCACAUCCAGACCAUUUUGCGCCAGCUCCUCAAAGUCAAUCCUCUGCUUUCAGAUAUGAAGUCCGAAGCUGUCCGAGAGCGACACUGGCAAAAGAUCUUUAAAGCCCUUAAGCCAGGCAAACGGUUCUCCCAAGUUUCCCUAACACUUGGUGACGUUUGGGAUCUACAGCUCGCUUCCAGCGAACCCGUUAUUCGUGAUAUCAUCGCCCAAGCACAGGGCGAAAUGGCUCUAGAAGAAUUCUUGAAAAUGGUUCGGGAAACAUGGCAAAAUUAUUCUCUCGAUCUUGUCAACUACCAGAACAAAUGCCGCUUGAUCAAGGGCUUCGACGACCUGUUCGCUAAAUGCAGCGAGAACCUCAACUCUCUUCAAGCCAUGAGGCAUUCACCUUACUACAAAGAGUUCGAGGAAGAAGCUAGUUCUUGGGAAGAUAAACUAAACAGAGUCCAUGUUCUCUUCGAUGUCUGGAUUGAUGUUCAACGACAGUGGGUAUAUCUUGAGGGCGUUUUCACUGGUAAUGCGGAUAUCAAACAUUUGCUCCCUGUCGAGUCUGGCCGGUUCCAAAAUAUCAAUUCCGAGUUUUUCGCUGUCAUGAAGAAGGUCUACAAGUCUCCAUUCGUCCUAGAUAUUCUUGCUAUCACUGGAGUCCAAAAGUCCCUAGAGCGAUUGGCGGAGCUUCUUCACAAAAUCCAAAAGGCUCUUGGAGAGUACUUGGAGCGAGAACGCAUGUCAUUUCCAAGAUUCUACUUCGUUGGUGAUGAGGAUCUCCUGGAAAUUAUUGGUAACAGCAACGACACUCUCCGUGUUGCCAAACACUUCAAGAAGAUGUUUGCUGGAUUGUCUGGCUUGUUGAUGGAUGACGACGGGAAUAUCGUUGGAUUCAGCUCAAAGGAAGGGGAGGAAGUAAGACUGAAGCGAGAGGUUUCGCCUAUUAAAACACCAAGGAUCAAUGACUGGCUUAGCGCCUUGGAUACUAAUAUGAAGCUAACAUUGGCCGAACUGCUUGCGGAGGCUAUUGAACAAUUUGAACCAAUCUAUCACGCCCCCGAAGUCGACCAAACUGCAUUUAGCGACUUCAUUGCCAACUAUCCCGCUCAGAUUGUCGUUCUUAGCAGCCAAGCCGUCUGGACCCAGGCUGUCCAAUCCGCCCUUGAGGCGGGUGGAAGUGGCUUACCCGCGCUCUACGAUGCGGAGGUGCGGGUUCUGGACCUGCUUGCCGUAACCGUCCUGGGAGAUUUGGACCCCAUCACUAGAAAGAAAUGUGAACAUCUGAUUACGGAAUUUGUCCAUCAACGAGACUCUAUUGCCAAGCUAAUCAAGCACAACGCCACCUCACCAACACAUUACCUCUGGCUUCUACAGAUGCGUUAUGUAUACCAGUCUCAAGGAGACUUCCUACAACGACUUCACGUCCACAUGGCCAACGCGAAGCUGGAUUAUGGCUUCGAAUACCUUGGUGUUCCCGAGCGCCUCGUACGAACUCCUUUGACAGAUCGCUGUUUCUUGACACUUACUCAAGCGCUGUGUCAACGACUGGGUGGCUCUCCGUACGGGCCGGCUGGAACCGGAAAAACCGAGUCAGUCAAAGCUCUGGGCCUCCAGCUGGGUCGAUUUACCCUUGUUUUCUGCUGUGACGAUACAUUUGACUUCCAAGCCAUGGGCAGAAUAUUCUUGGGUAUUUGUCAAGUGGGUGCAUGGGGUUGUUUUGAUGAGUUUAACCGUCUGGAGGAGAGGAUAUUAUCUGCUGUUUCGCAACAAAUUCAAAAUAUCCAGAUUGGGCUGAAAAAUAGUAGUGAUGAGGAAAAGGCUCAAAUUGAGCUUGUAGGUCGCCGCUUACGGGUCAACUUGAACACGGGCAUUUUCAUCACCAUGAACCCUGGAUACGCUGGACGAUCUAACCUUCCCGACAACUUGAAGAAGCUAUUCCGUAGCGUCGCUAUGUCUAAGCCCGAUAAGGAAUUAAUCGCUGAGGUCAUGCUCUUUUCCCAGGGAUUCAAACAAGCCAAGCCUUUAUCUAGACAAACCGUGCCAUUCUUUGAGCAUUGCGCCAAACGCUUGACGAAGCAAGCCCACUAUGACUUUGGUCUACGUGCUUUGAAGAGUGUGCUUGUCAGCUCUGGUGGACUGAAGCGGUUAAGGCUUGCAAAUUCCGAUGGCGACCUAGGACCCAAUGAAAUUAUAGAACCCCAAAUUAUCGUCCAGAGUAUUAGGGAGACAAUCGCGCCAAAACUGAUUCGUGAAGAUGUUGAGACUAUGUUGGAGAUCCAGGUUGAAGACUUCCCUGGAGUUGAGUAUGUUCCGGCUAACUUCGAGAAGCUGGCGCAGGCCAUUCGCGAUAUCGCUAUGGAAAAUCAUUACGUUGCUAGUGACACAUGGAUCGCGAAGACUUUGCAGCUUUACCAGAUUCAGGGCAUCCACCACGGUGUCAUGAUGGUGGGGAGAUCGGGUUCGGGCAAGAGUGCGGCCUGGAAGACGCUGCUCGAGGCAAUGCAGAGAGUGGAGGGGGUAGAAGGAGUUUGCCAUGUUAUAGACUCGAAGGUCAUGUCUAAGGAGGCCCUCUAUGGUAACCUUGAAAGCACUACUCGAGAAUGGACAGAUGGUCUCUUCACCGGAAUUUUAAGAAAAAUUGUCGAUAACCUUCGAGGGGAGGAUUCAAAACGACACUGGAUUGUUUUCGAUGGAGAUGUUGACCCGGAGUGGGUUGAGAACCUGAACAGCGUGUUGGAUGACAACAAACUACUCACUCUUCCAAACGGUGAACGUCUCAAUCUGCCUGCAAAUGUGCGGAUUAUGUUCGAAGUUGAGACCCUUAAAUACGCCACUCUUGCUACUGUUAGUCGAUGCGGUAUGGUCUGGUUUAGCGAUGACACAGUAACCCCGAAUAUGAUGGUGACCAACUAUGUCGAGUCGUUGAAAACUAGAACCUUUGAAGACCUUGAUGAUGAUAGUGUUCCAUCUGGCCAAUCAUCCGCAAAGACAUUGGAAACUCAGAGGAUGCUUGCAAACUUGCUGGAGGGUCUCCUCCAGAGCGAUGACCUCAUCCUCAAAGCGCUCGAAGAGGCAAAGAAAUAUAACCACAUCAUGGAAUUUAGUGAUAUUCGGGCUCUUAAUACCCUCUUUAGUUUAUUGAACAAGUCCUGCCGAAAUAUCCUUGAGUACAAUAUUCAGCAUAUUGAUUUCCCAUUGGACCCAGAGAGAGCCGAGUCCUACAUGUCGAAGAAGCUUCUACUUGCCCUUGUUUGGUCUCUCACGGGUGACUGCCCCUUAGGUGACCGAAAAUCUUUUGGCCAAUAUGUCACGGGAUUUUCGACAAUUGACUCUCCCUUACUCAACGAAACUUCGUCCCUCAUAGACUUUGACGUCUCACUUCCCAAAGCUGAAUGGGUGAGUUGGCAAUCACAAGUGCCAUCUGUCGAGAUAAAUACUCACUCCAUCACGCAAACGGAUGUCAUUAUUCCUACCUUGGACACAGUGCGCCAUGAAGAUGUACUCUAUUCAUGGCUUGCGGAACAUAAACCACUCCUACUCUGUGGCCCUCCUGGUUCCGGAAAGACCAUGACGUUGUUCUCUGCCUUGAGAAAACUUCCAAAUAUGGAGGUGGUUGGACUUAACUUUUCUAGUGCUACGACUCCGGAUCUCCUUAUUAAGACGUUCGAACAAUACUGCGAGUACAAGAAAACUCUCAAUGGUGUUGUUAUGUCACCCAACCAAAUUGGUCGUUGGCUGGUGAUAUUCUGUGACGAAAUAAAUCUUCCGGCCCCUGAUCAAUACGGAACCCAACGCGCAAUUUCCUUCCUUAGACAGCUUGUUGAGCAAAACGGUUUCUGGCGGACAACAGACAAAACUUGGGUGACCUUAGAUCGCAUCCAGUUCGUCGGUGCUUGUAAUCCUCCGACUGACGCUGGCCGUACUCCGCUUGGCGAGCGUUUCCUCCGUCAUGCCCCGCUUAUUAUGGUUGAUUACCCUGGGGAGCUCUCUCUUAUGCAGAUUUAUGGAACUUUCAAUUCUGCCGUACUCAAGAUUAUACCUCUACUCCGUGGAUACUCUGAAGCUUUAACCAAGGCUAUGGUUCAAUUCUACCUGGAGUCUCAAACAAGAUUCACGACACAGAUCCAACCUCAUUAUGUUUACUCCCCCCGAGAACUCACAAGAUGGGUUCGCGGUGUUUAUGAAGCAAUAAAACCUUUGGAAACGCUGUCUCUCGAGGGUCUCGUUCGGAUCUGGGCCCAUGAAGCUUUGCGCUUGUUCCAGGAUCGACUUGUCGAUGAAGAGGAGAGAGCAUGGACCUCGGAUGCUGUGAAGCGAAUUGCACUCGAGAACUUCCCGACAAUGGACGAACAGAAGGCAUUACAAGCGCCUAUCUUGUUUUCGAACUGGCUAUCUAAGCACUAUGUCCCGGUUGAACAAGAGCAGCUUCGCGACUUCGUCAAAGCAAGACUUAAGACCUUCUGUGAGGAAGAGGUUGACGUGCCUCUUGUGCUAUUUAAUGAUGUUCUAGAGCAUGCUCUCCGCAUCGAUCGUGUGUUCCGUCAGCCCCAAGGACAUCUCAUCCUCAUUGGAGUAAGCGGAAGCGGUAAAACGACAUUAUCCCGCUUCGUUGCUUGGAUGAAUGGGUUGAAAGUCUUCCAGAUCAAGGUUCACGGCAAGUACUCAGCCGAAGAUUUCGAUGAGGAUCUCAGGAGUGUUCUGCGCCGAGCAGGAUGCAAGGGUGAAAAGAUAUGCUUCAUUAUGGACGAAUCCAACGUUCUUGAUUCCGGCUUCCUCGAACGGAUGAAUACUCUUCUCGCCAACGCGGAAGUUCCUGGCCUCUUCGAAGGCGAUGAAUUUGCAUCGUUGAUGACAGCUUGUAAGGAGGGUGCGCAGAGACAAGGGCUUCUGCUAGAUUCUCAAGAGGAGCUUUAUAAAUGGUUCACGCAACAAAUUGUCAAGAAUCUCCAUGUUGUAUUUACCAUGAAUCCCCCCGAGGAUGGCCUCUCUUCGAAAGCUGCAACAAGUCCUGCGCUUUUCAAUCGAUGCGUGCUUAACUGGCUCGGCGACUGGUCUGACCAAGCUCUCUUCCAAGUCGGCUCUGAGCUUACUCAAUCUGUGGAUCUUGACAAGGCCAACUUCGUUGCCCCCGAUAGCAUCCCAGUCGCUUAUCGUGGUCUUAAUCUUCCUGCUUCACAUCGAGACACCAUCAUUAACUCGAUGGUUUACAUCCAUUACUCUCUUCAGAAAUUCAACCAACGCCUACAAAAGCAGCAAGGUCGAAUCACUUACCUUACGCCACGCCAUUACCUUGACUUCGUCGCUCAAUAUGUGAAACUUUUCAAUGAAAAACGUGAAGACUUGGAAGAACAACAGCGCCAUCUGAACGUCGGUCUCGAGAAGCUCCGCGAUACUGUGGAGAAGGUCAGCGAAUUGCGCCAAAGCCUUGCCGAGAAGAAACGUCAACUCGAACAGAAGGAUGUGGAAGCAAAUGAAAAACUGCAGCGGAUGGUUGCCGACCAACAAGAGGCCGAACGACGUAAAGCCGCUUCCCUUGAAAUCCAGGCGGCACUUGAAAAGCAAGAGCAGGAAGUAGCUCGUCGAAAGGAAAUUGUCUUGGGCGAUCUGGCUCGAGCUGAACCUGCUGUCCUUGAAGCCCAGAAGAGUGUUAGCAAUAUCAAACGACAGCACCUCACUGAAGUUCGUGCUAUGGGAAGUCCGCCUGCAAGUGUUCGGCUCGCGUUGGAGUCGGUUUGCACUCUGCUUGGCCAUAAAGUGGACAGCUGGAAAACGAUCCAGGCGAUCAUUCGGAGAGAUGACUUUAUUGCAAGUAUUGUCAAUUACAACAACGAAAAACAGAUGACCCGCAGCCUGAGGAACAAGAUGAAUGUGGAUUACCUUUCCAAAGACGAAUUCACAUUCGAGAGAGUAUACCACGCUAGCAAAGCUUGCGGUCCCCUAGUCAAGUGGGUUGAAGCUCAGGUGAACUACUCCGAAAUCCUGGAUAGAGUUGGGCCCCUCCGAGGCGAAGUCGAUCAACUAGAACAACAGGCAUUGCAAACCAAGGCGGAAGCACAGGCCAUCGAGAAUACUAUCAACACUUUGGAGAGCAGCAUUGCCACAUACAAGACUGAGUAUGCGGGACUUAUUAGCGAAACCCAAGCCAUUAAGACCGAAAUGUCCCGUGUCCAGUUCAAAGUCGAUAGAAGUGUCCGUUUGCUGGACAGUCUGUCUUCUGAAAGGUCUCGUUGGGAGGAAGGAAGCAAGUCCUUCGAGACGCAGAUAUCCACCCUAGUCGGAGAUGUCCUUAUUGCCGCGGCCUUCCUCGCAUAUGGCGGUUUAUAUGAUCAACAGUUCCGAAAGGCAAUGAUCGAUGACUGGGUGUACCAACUAAGCCUGUCAGGUAUCAGCUUCAAGCCCCACAAUCCCAUCACUGAGUACCUCUCGAAUGCAGAUGAGAGACUUUCCUGGCAAGACCAUUCGCUUCCGGUUGACGACCUCUGCACGGAAAACGCUAUUAUCUUGAAACGCUUCAAUAGAUAUCCUCUUAUCAUCGACCCCUCUGGCCGUGUUACCGAAUUUUUGCAGAAAGAAAGCAAAGACCGCAAACUUACAGUUACUAGCUUCCUAGACGACUCGUUUAUCAAGCAGCUGGAGAGCGCAUUGCGGUUUGGAAACCCAAUUCUUAUCCAAGAUGCUGAAUACCUGGAUCCAAUUCUCAAUCACGUUCUCAACAAAGAAUACCAAAAGACUGGAGGCCGUGUCCUCAUCCAGCUGGGAAGGCAGGAAAUUGACUUUUCGCCCGCUUUCAAAUUGUUCCUAUCGACAAGAGACCCGUCUGCAACUUUCGCGCCAGACAUCUGCAGUAGAACAACCUUCGUUAACUUCACUGUCACCCAGAGCAGUCUCCAGACUCAGUCGCUUAAUGAAGUGCUUAAGUUCGAACGGCCCGAUGUUGAUGAACGCCGAACUAACCUCAUUAAACUCCAAGGUGAAUUUAAGAUUCACUUGCGCCAAUUGGAGAAGCGUCUUCUUCAAGCCUUGAACGAAUCCAGGGGUAACAUCCUCGAUGACGACAAUGUUAUCGAAACCCUUGAGACAUUGAAGAAGGAAGCUGGUGAAAUUUCGAAUAAGAUGGUCGAGACCGAAGGUGUCAUGACCGAAGUUGAAAAUAUUACGCUUCAGUACAACAUUAUUGCGCGGUCAUGCAGUGCCGUGUUCGCUGUUCUGGAACAACUUCACCAUCUCAAUCAUUUCUACCAAUUCUCUCUGCAGUACUUUGUCGACAUCUUUAACACGGUACUCCAUCAGAAUAAACGUCUUGCCCAGGAAAAGGACCAUGCUGCAAGAGUCAACAUCAUCCUCCGUGACCUGUUCAUUACUGCCUACCAAAGGACUUCCUUUGGUCUUCUCCAGAAGGACCGAAUAACCCUCGCCAUGCUUUUAGCCCAAGCAUCUCCCUAUUCCAUGGAUAAGGGGAUCAUUGACACAAUCUUGGAUAUGAGUGUCGAGGGGUGCGAUGUUUCCUUAGACAGAAACCUCAAAGAUUCCGUAAUGGCGACUGCUUCGCAGAUGUCGAUCUUCAAGUCAUCUUUCCCAUCGGUUCCUCCAGAGGCUUGGGAGAAAUUCUUCACAGAAGAGUUUGCUGAAAACUUUGUCCCUGCUGUCUGGGAGGAAGACGUCAGCUCCCGUGACCAGCAACUCCGGUCGCUUCUCCUAGUGAAACUCUUCCGCGUUGACAGAUUUGUCCCUACUGCCGAAAGAUUUGUUACCGAAGUCUUUGGAAGGGAUCUCUUUGACGGAAGCGGAGAUCUUAAGGAUGUUGUUGAACAAGUUACUGCAACCGCCCCGAUUUCCCUCAGCUCGAGCCCUGGUUUUGAUGCCAGUUACAAGGUAGAUGGACUUGUCGAACGGAUGCACGCGACCUGUGCAAACAUCGCCAUGGGCUCAAAUGAGGGAGUUGAAAGCGCAGACAAAGCCAUCAGCAACGCGGCUGCAACUGGCACCUGGGUCCUUGUCAAGAACGUACAUCUCGCGCCGUCCUGGCUUCAGAGUCUUGAAAAACGUCUUGACUCUCUCAAACCUCACAGCAAUUUCAGACUUUUCCUGUCCAUGGAGUCUAGUCCUAAGAUACCCGUCAAUUUAAUUCGAGCUUCCCGCGUGCUGAUGUACGAACAACCAGCGGGCAUACGCGCCAAUAUGAAGGAUUCCCUCUCUUCCUUAUCCAUCCGAGCCAGCAAACCUCCUGUGGAGAAAGCCCGUAUCUAUCUGCUGCUCUCAUUCCUACAUGCAGUUGUUCAAGAGAGACUACGGUACGCGCCUAGCAUGGGAUGGAAGGGUUUCUGGGAAUUCAACGAUAGCGAUUAUGAAUGUUCCGCAUUUAUACUCGACACGUGGGUCGAUUCGAUUGCUCAAGGCCGUUCCAACGUUGCACCGCAGAAAUUCCCCUGGGACCUGCUCCGCACCCUAAUUACCGAAACCUACGGUGGUAAAAUCGACGACAGCGGGGAUUUCCAACUUCUUGAAAAUCUUGUCAACAGCCUCCUAACUCCAGCCGCUUUCGAAGAUGAACAUAACCUAGUGCCUGGCAUUGAAGAUGAUGAUUGCCUCAAGCUACCCUCGGGUACUAGUAUGCGAAACUUUACUGAAUGGGUCAAUCAAUUGCCUGAACGUGAACCACCGACAUAUUUGGGACUACCGGCCAAUGCGGAAAAGCUUCUACUUGUUGGGUAUGGCAAGACGAUGAUUGAGAACCUGGCCAAGGUGACCAAUCUACUUGAUGAGGGAGAACAGUUAAUGGUUGAGGCUGCAGCUUUGUAA